AUGGCAGAGCUCGCUGUUGAGAAUGGUAGCUGCAUGGACUGGCAGAAACGAUGUCUUGCAUUGGAGACACAGCUCUUCAAAUUCCGCCUGCAAGCUAGUAGGAUCCGGGAGCUUUUGGCUGAGAAGGUGAGGCAAAAGCUACAUUUUGUAACCAGUCUUUGUUGCUUAUUCUUUCUUUUUUUUUUUAAUACUUUUAUUUUGCUUUAAACAAAUACAGAUAAAUAUAGGCAACCAAAAUUACAAAAGAAAAUUCCAUAAUAAUAAUGAAAAAGCUACAAAACUACAAAAAAUAUCAAAGUACAAGGUUGCUUAUUCUUAAACCUUUGGAUGAGGAUAGCUAGUAAGAGAGAUUGUAACCCCCCAUGAAGAGGCCAGGGACAUAUGUUUCAAAAUCAAGUCUUUAUAAUGAAAAAUCAAACAGUUUCAACUUAAAUUUGAUACAGUACCCUAUAAGAAGGUAUAGAGAAAUUGCCUGCCAUAUUUUAAUUUGCUUAUUAAUGGACUGAUUUUUUUUAAAAAAAAUUAUCUAAGUUAACAACAUUCUGAAAUAUACACUAUAAUUAAUUACAGUAACACCAACUGCAGUAGAAUAUCACAAUAAAAACUACCAUUAAAACAUACAUUAUAAAAUUAAUUUUAAAUGUUAGCUUAUAGAAAAAUGUAUUUGGCUUAAGUUUCAGAGCAGCCUGAGGAUGUGGACAAGAACUCAGAUGGCUUUGAAAUCAUGAUUUCAGAACCUGAUUCCCACCCUGUCCGUGUGUUUGUUAUUUAAACCCCAAGCCCUCUUUCAUUCAUUAGAAAUCCUAAAUUUAAAUCUUCACCCAGUCAAUGUUUUCGGAAAGAAUUCCAACAGAAUGGUGACAGCACAAUAAACUUGUCUGACGGCUGGACACCCCUGUGGAAAGGGAAAUGAAGACUCUGGAGUUAAUCCAGCCCUAGGGGUGUGGGUGUGUCAAGCUACCCUUUGUUGGGAUUAGGGAGCAGUUUGGUUCAGUGAUCAGGUUACUCUGUAACUGGCUGUAUGGUUUUGUGAUGUGGUUUUUCCUCUGAAGGCCAAAGAGUAAGCAGUUAAAGGCUGUAAUUCAACAAAGCCUUGUCAGAAGUGCUAGGAGCGAGGGGAGGUUUUCUUCAUCAUUUUCAGGCUAACAGGAUGGUUGCCUUAGUGCUGAAAAUGAAAACUGACUAAUUUUGUAAUUUAGUGAGUGAUUUAGCUAGUCAGUCGAACAAUUUAAGAACUGAAUCACACAAUUCUAAUACACAACUUAAGUACCAGAAUUUCAGCCUUAAGGGCUAGUUCACAAAUUUGUUUGCUAAUUUCCCGCCCCUCAACAAAUUCCUAGGGCAGUUUAUAGUGACUCAUUUGAUAACUGCAGCAUCAAGUGGUGACUUGUAUGUAUGAAUGAACAAACCACAGGAUGCCCAUGCAUAUCCCUGCAUAGCUCUUCAAAUUCAAUGUUGUUGUUUUUUGAAGGAUUUAGUUCACACAUUCAGCUUUGAACAUUCACCUUUUGAAUUGUCUAGUGAUAACUUAUCAAGUGACUGCACACACACACACACACACACACACACGGGUGAACCUUCCCCCAAGUCCUUAAUAAACAUGUGAAGGGUUGUUAGAAUGCUGUCGUAAUAAAAGUUCUUUGCACUGCGUUCUGCCAUGCCUCUCUUGAGAAACUCAAAACAAAUGCAAUGCUAGCAAUGAUACUGUUCAAAUGUUUUUUGGAUGCUUUCCAUGGAAAUUAAAGUGUGCUGGAGUUUAGAAUUGUAUGCAUUGUAUGCCUUUGCUAACUGGCAUUUACUUGUACUCAGGGGUUUUUUUUUCCAUGCAGUUGCACAGAGGAGAAAAGGGGUAAUAUUCUCUUGAUGAGUGACAUGGCAGGCUGUUGCCAUGGCAGCAUGAUGACCCUGUUACAAAUGAGCUGUGGGGCCUCUCAGGAGAGAGAGAAAAGGACUGAGAGAGAGAGAGAGAAAUGGAGAGAGAAAAUGGAGCUGAAUCUAAUUAACACAAAAGAGAGUAAAAAUCCAAAGAAAAAUACUUUGAUUCUGGCAGGAAUGCCUGACUAAGCUUAGAAGUGGAGAUGUGUGUAUACAGGAUUUCCUGGGUACUUUUCUCAUGGGCUCAUUUGAAGGGUGUUCAUACUGACUGUUAAUGCAUCUUCACCCAGUUAAUCUAGAAAUGCGUUCAAGAAUCUCGUGUCUUUAGUAACUGGCAUUUACUUACACAGUUGUUCACACAACGGGAAAGAGGGGUAAUAUUCAGUUGAUGAGUGACAUAGCAGUCUGUUGCCAUGGCGGCAUAAUUGACCCAGUUAACAAAUGAACUGUGGGCCAUGAAUCUUUGGCCGCUGUCCUCACCUUUGAGACAUCAUUCUGUUCGAUAAUAGGGCUUUAUCUUUCUACAGCACGUGGGAGAGGACAGCUUGGUGGGCUAGUGAUCAGAAGCGUAGGAACCGAAUUUUGAACAUCUCAUUUCAAUGUUUGUUUCACAGUUAAUUAGCCGUGCAGUGCAGUUUUCUCAUCAGUAUUACAAAACAUGAUACAUAAAAAGUGCAAUCUGAAUGCUCAGCUUAUUGUUAGUUUGCCCCUGGGGAACCUUGAAUAACACAUGAUACUCAAAAAGCACCAUGAAAUUAACACUCUUGUCUGAUGUUAAACAGAGCAGCAGUUUUAACAUCCCACAGCAAGACAAUGAAGUGGUAAGAAGGAAGAUGAAUACUAAUUAUUUUUAAACUGAGUCAGGCUACAUGGAUUUUUAUUAGCUUAUCUGAAGGUUUGGCAGGCUGUCAGGGGUUGCCAUGAGAUCUUUAAUGAAUGCAGACAGUUUCAGUAUUCAUUCAGUUGGGAGGUAAGUAGAGUUCUUCUGUUCUCAAAGAACCCAGGUUUCUUGGGGAGAUCAGUCUCUAAAAUGCUGGUCUCGUUCAGCUUACUCAUGAGAGACAAUGAACCAUACCAAAAAGUGGUCAAGUGUCAGAGUGGUACAGUUGCCAUCGUUCACAAGAGCAGAAAUAUCACCAAUAAUGUGCAAAUGGUAAUGUCUGUGCAGUGACCCAUGGUACUGCAGUGAAGUUGAAGUUUCGGUUUGGGACAAAAAGGAUGUUAAUUUCCAGGUAUUAUUCCAAGUAGGGGUGUAUGCUCCUUCUGGGGUAGUUUGUCCACAUUUGGUCCCCACCCUGCACUCAGCUCUCAUCUGUGACUCCUAGAAACUGUCAGCAUGUGACAGCAGCCACACCUCAGGAAAGGGCUGUGACCGACCAGCUAAACCAGGUGAGGGUAGUCAAUGAGUCUCAGACCCUUGGUGAGUUAGGGACUUCCCCUGCGUGCGAAGACAGGCUCCAGCUGAUUGAGCAGACAAGACCAACAGUGGGUCCAAAGGUCGAGAAGGUGGUUUUCUGCACAUGCUGUAGAGGGAAGUGAGGGGCAGAUGGGGCUCGUCAACCUGAGAAGGUUGCCCAUCUAGGAAAAGGAAAACUCUGACCCUAAACCCCCUGAAACUCUGACCCUAAAACUUACAGGAUAUAUUUUGGAGAAUAAAAAGCUAGGGAAUAAACCCUACACAAAUCUGGAGUAGAGUCCAUAAGACAGAUGGAUGGUGCCUUGUACGCAUCCUUGUAGCAACUCCUGAUGCCAACUUACUGCUCUGCUUUCCUUUGGAGUAUAUCAGCGUGGCCGAGGGGGGGGUGUCUUGUCAUCUGAGCAGCGCAGGGCUUCCAUACACACUGCCCAAGCUUGUGCCCUGGGGAGGUCACUUUGGUGCUGCUAAUGGGUUGACUUCAUCCCCAGAAGUGCACUCCAUUCUCUUUCUUGAGACGAUGGAGAAAUCACAUUGAUCCCUCUUCCCCUCUGGGAAUAGUAACUCUACAAGAGGAGUUAUUGCACUUUUACCCAAAUGGGAUUGCUGCUCCCCAUCCAAAAGCAUUGGUUUUCCUCAAACAACCCUCCAAGGAAAACGUUAUGACAAUUAUUAAAAUUAAUGAGCUCUUGUAUAUAAGCUUGUGAGAACAAAGAACCUAUGGGACACUGACCCAUAGCCCUCUUUUCCUCUCCAGCAGGGAAAGUCUGUGUGCAGAUAUUGUUUUCCCAAGAAGAAUGUGAAGGGAGGGGAGGUAAUUUAGAGGUCUUCAUUAAGGCAUAGGAGAAGCCAAUCCAAGCCAGGGCAGGAGGAAGGAGCUGCAGACACAGCUCUGAAUUGACGCAGAGAAAGCCAGACUCUUGAGAAGAAGUGCAGGGGAAGUUACUUACAUGAGAUCAGGAUGUUUUUAAUGUAAUUCCAGCUGAUUUAAUAUCCAUGCACUGCAAUGGUAGUAGAUCAUCAGCAAAACGAGGAUCAAACAGAAGCUUGGAUAUCAAAUUUGAAUUGGGGGAGGGGGGAACCAGCUUUCUAAAAUCCUUUCAUUUACUCUGUCAAAAUUAAUGCUGAGUCAGUGCUUCAGCAUGGUAUUACCGCAGCAUGGCGCUGAGUAUCUCUGCCAACCUGGAACACUAUAAUAAAGGACGCUUCUGGAAAAAAUGGGGCUGUUCCUGGCAGUGAAGUUGAACCAUUAUUCAAGGGCAUGUUUUGCAAAAAUGAAUGUGGAGCAAGAGAAUAUAGGAGGACAAUCAAUCACUCAAGCCCAUGAGAUGAGCACAUGGGAGGUUGAAGUCUCCUGUGUAAAUUGGGCCCCAAAUGCCGUUGAAUUUGCAUAAUAUUUAUGUCAAUCUCGUACCUGUAAAUAACAUGACAUGGGAAUAUGUGAUAAAGUAAAUAGCACUCUUUGAAAUCGUUUCUAGACAUUAAAAGAUCCUGCGCAUAAUAGUGAUUAUAUAGUGAUGCAGAAUCUAUCAUAAGUCUAUCAAAGAGAUAUGGUGAGUUGAAUGCUAAUGGUGAGCUGGUGGCUUCUAAGUAAGCUGCUUAUAGGAGUAGUGAAUAGCAUAUAAAAUGUACCAGAAGGUAUCCUUUCCAACCAUAUAAUGAAUGUCAAAAUUCACUAAUGAGAAAAUGACGGGUGAUAGUGCUGUUAAAAGGGACACGGGUGGCGCUGUGGGUUAAACCACAGAGCCUAGGGCUUGCCGAUCAGAAGGUUGGCGGUUCAAAUCCCCGUGAUGGGGUGAGCUCCCAUUGCUUGGUCCCUGCUCUUGUCAACCUAGCAGUUCGAAAGCACGAAGUGCAAGUAGAUAAAUAGGUACUGCUCUGGCGGGAAGGUGAACGGCAUUUCUGUGUGCUGCUCUGGUUCGCCAGAAGCAGCUUAGUCAUGCUGGCCACAUGACCCAGAAGCUGUACGCCGGCUCAUCACAGUCUUCCAUGCGCCAGUAGCGGUUUAGUCCUGGAAAGUUGUCUGUGGACAAACGCUGGCUCCCUUGGCCUGAAGGUGAGAUGAGCUCUGCACCCCAUAGUUGCUUUUGACUGGACUUAACUGUCCAGGGGUCCUUUACCUUACCUUUACCUUUUACCUUAGUAGUAGUGGUAGUAAACAUUUUUUCAUGUCUUAUUUUCUUCUGAAGAUGCAAGAACUGGAGCAAAGAGUGGUUGAGGCAGAACAGAGAGCCCAAAAUGCAGAGAAACAGGUAAGAGCUUCUCUGAUAUCACUAGUCCCAUAACAUGUGAAAACCUUUACAGCUGGAUGGGCCCCCCAAGAUUUCUAAUUAUACAAAGGUUUUAAGUUUCAGGUGAUACAUUUACACCUUACAGUGUUUAUAAGCUUUUAAUCAUGUUUCUAAACCUUGCUGUAGCAGCGAGAGAACUGUGUUCUGUGGGCAAAGCCUAAAAAGUAUAGCCUUUGAGUUCUUCUCCAACUCAUAUCCAUACCAUACAUUUGGAACCCAUGUCUCUCCCCCACACAAAAAACCCCCAUGGGAACUGUAGUUUGUUAAGAGUGCUGGGAAUUUUAGCCCUGUGGGGAGUACAGUCCCCAGAAUUCCUUGGGAGAGGUCAUGACUAUUAAAGUGGUAUAAAUGUGCUUUAAAAGCAUCGUGUGGGUGUGAUCACAGGGAUUCUGUGGCCGAUUAUUCCCACCAUUUUUAGUUGCUGAGCAAUUUUUGGGACUCACACAGAAUCCAGUUAAGCUACCAAGGAUACUAUUCUUCAACAUCCCUUUUUAAAGGGGGAGGGGGAAAGGUGAAUGGAAAAUUACAGUCCAGGUUGGACCGCCAUAUCCUGGCCAAACUUGGCAGAGUGAAUCAGGCCUGGAGGCUUGGAGUUUGCUGCUGCCUGUUACCAAUGGCACCACCCAGCUCGUUAUCUAAGGGAAAUGGAAAGGCCUUUCGAAAUGCCUUAAUUAAAUCUGACAGGCUUAGGAAGUGGUUUAAUACAUCAUGUGGAGCUGCCACCCCACAAACAGGUAUAUUGUGCAGGGAAGCAAAAGACGUCUAGGAAAUGAAAGGACUUGUGUGCUGAGUCCUAAAGUUGGGUGUUUUUUCCAGCCCUUGAGUUCAGGGUUUUGGAUGGUGUCUUCAAUGUGCUCUUAUCUUCAGAUAAGGAAUGCAAAAUGGUUACUGUCCCAGCUUGGAGGUUUCAGUGUAGAGUCACCACUCAGGCAUCAGACAGCUGGGAGGGGCUCUUUCCUUAGUAAUUAUUCCCAAGCUCUGAUCCAAACACCGGCAGCUUGGCAGGCUAAGCUUUCUGGCUUGGGGUGCCACACGCUUGCCUUUCAGGUUCAGCGUAGGGGAGAGACUGUUUGCCUCUCUCUGUCUAAUGUAGACAGACAGGAGGACAAAACACAGCUUUCUGCAACUCGGGGGCCAGGAAUGUCCACUGGAGCAUAACCAGCUUUCAUGAAGAAAUUGGCACAUAGACUGGGAAAUAUCCCACACGGCAUUGCCAAUCUCAAUUUGAGGCCUUUGAGGAGGAGGUCAGUAGGCUAGGGCGCCGGCGCCGUCAACAUUUUAAAAGAGAAAAGCGGAGACUACAUUUGAGAAGGUACUCUCAGGCACAACCAAAUUAUUUAUGACAUCCCUAUAAUGCUUCUGUCCAAAACCCUGGAAGGGGACGGAUAACAUAGCUGCUGGGAUGGAGAGAGGGAGAGACAUGUUCAUAGAAAAAGAAGGGGCAGGUGCAGAAUGCCUGCCAAGUGGCGAUUCAGUGCCCCACUUAUAUGUACCUGUAAGACAUGUUUGAUGUCUUAUUUCUUCUUGUAUACUUGGGACCAUCUUGCUGUCUGAAGAUAACAGGCCUUCCAGGCAUUUCUUUUAAUUAUCUUCUGAAAAAUAAAUUUUCCUUGAGCUUUUGAAUAUUUAGGUUGUAUAUCCACUUACCUGGAAGUGGGACUUACCUCAGACUAGACUGAGCAGUGCUGCUAAUGUGAUAUUUUCAACAUCAGAUACCAGCACUUUAGUGGAUGGGAUUAUACGAAGGGACAAAUGUGUGAGAGUUCUUUAAGAAGAAUCUGCCCUGCCCCAAAUAAGGGUCCAUUAGUGAAUAAGCAGUCUAUUCCCACAAAGAGUCCAAUGUGUUUCCUUCCCUUUCCCCACCCAUUGUCAUUACAAUGAAAGUGUGAGGGAAUCUUUCAGGUGGAAGUUAUGGAAGAGAAGCUGAAACUUGCCCACAUGAAAACAAGCGGUUCAAGUGUACACAAGAAAUACCAGGAGCUGGUGAGCAGAGUGCAAGAAAAGGAUGAACUGAUCGAGAAACUCGAGACACAGCUGGAAAAGCAGGUAAUUAAGCUAUUUUCAGCUGGGACACACAUCUUGCCUCCGCAGCCAGUGGGAAAGGUACCAUCUGAUAUUAUGGCUUCUCUUCCUGCUUCUAAAGUGCAUUUACCGUAUUUUUCGCUCCAUAGGACGCACUUUUUCCCCUCCAAAAAUGAAGGGCAAAUGUGUGUGCGUCCUAUGGAGCGAAUGCAGGCUUUCGCUGAAGCCUGGAGAGCGAGAGGCAUCGGUGCGCACCAACCCUUCUCGCUCUCCAGGCUUCAGGAAGCUAUCCGCAAGCCUUGCAAGCCCGGUGGGAGUUCCCGCGGGCUCACAAGGCUUGCAUGCAGCAGCCUGCAGCCCCGGCGAGUGUCCUCAAGCCUUGCGCGCCCUGCAGGAGGUCCCGCCGAGCGCGCGAGGCUUGGGGCAGCAGCCUGUCGCCCCUGAAGCACGGGGAGCCCUCCGGAGGGCUCCCCGUGCUUCAGGGAGUGUCGGCAAGCCUUGCGCGCCCGGCAGGAGGUCCCGCCGAGCGCGCGAGGCUUCGGGCGGCAGCUUGUCACCCGAAGCACGGGAGCCCUCCGGAGGGCUCCCCAUGCUUCGGGCGAGUGUCUGCAAGCCUUGCGCGCCCGGCAGGAGGUCCCGCCGAGCGCGCGAGGCUUGGGGCGGCAGCCUGUCGCCCGAGUACGGGGAGCCCGCCGGAGGGCUCCCCGUGCUUCGGGAGAGUGUCUGCAAGCCGUGCGCGCCCGGCAGGAGGUCCCGCCGAGCGCGCGAGGCUUGGGGCGGUAGCCUGCAGCCUGAAGCACGCGAGGCGUGGGGCGGCAGCCGCGGCAGGGGGGGAGAAAUAAUUUUUUUGAUUCAUUUCCCCCCCCAAAAAACGAGGUGCGUCCUAUGGGCCGGUGCGCCCUAUAGAACAAAAAAUACGGUAUGUCUGUCUCCCCCUUCUCAGGCCAAUAUUUAUUUAUUUGAAACAGUUAUUGCUGCCCUUGAGUAGAGUUUCCAGAGCAAUUUGCAGAAACAAUAUAACAUACAUAAAUAAAACAGGUGACAUCCCAAAUAAAAUGGGUGAACUCAUGCAAUGGGACUUCCUCUUUCUCCCCUUGCAUUUCCCUCAUAUGGCCCCCAAAUCUGUUCUGGUGUGUUGCGGGUCUCUCUGAAGCUGAUUCGAGAGAACUGUGGCAGGGAUGGGGAGGAAGGAAAAGUCUCAUUGUGUCUGCUUGCACAAAACUGGAUAUCCCCCAUAAUAGUAAUUGAUACAUUAGAAAAAGAACAAUAUUAUUAAUUAAUUAAUUCUUUAAGACUGGAAGGGGGGGAUUAUGCCUGGCACAUAAAGGAUAAUGCAGUUGGUGCCAGGCACGCUUCUCAGUGGCAGAGGGAAUUCCACAAACACAAUGCCAGCACUGAGAAGGCGUUCUUUUUUUCAUUAUAAAUAAAUCUAAUAACUACAAACAGGUUGCAGAAAGAGAAGAGAAGAGCAGAAAGAGAAAUUAGUUUAAAAAGAAGUAUGGGGCAGAAGAGUUAAGUUGUCACAACUGGCAAUAAAUAACCAUGGGAAACAGCUAUGUGAUUUAAGUCAAUAAUAGAAUAUAUUAAAAGGGAAAAGAUGCACUGAGAAGGCUCUCUCUGUUUGCCACCAGCUUUACUUCAGAUGCCUGGAACACCUGGUAGAGAGGCUCUAAAUAUGACCUCAGCACAUAGGCAAAUUACUAUGGGGAAAGGCGUUCCUUCUGGCACCUGAGUUCAAUGGUCUAGUUUGAUUUGUAGGGCAAGUUUCCACAAAGUCUCCAGAAUAUUCCUUACUGCUAUGCAAGAAUUGUGAGCUGUUGCCCAUGGCUAUACCUGCAAUUUCUUCAAGUCAAAUGGAUCUGCUGCUGUCUUAUAACAUUUGUCUAUUUCUCUUCUUCACAGAAGCAACUGAGAGCGGAUGAUGCUAAAAUUGUCCAAGAAAAGGCUGCCAAAAUUAAAGACUGGGUGACAGCUAAACUAAGAGAGGUGAUGGCCAGUUUGUUUUUUCCACACCCCUAGUCCAUAGAAUUGUACAACUGCAUUGGCAUGAAAGGGGUGCUUGCAGUGACACCUCAGUGGGGAUAUCCUGUUCUGCAGUGACAUAUAAACUUCUGCAUUGCACUGUUGGAGAUGUGUACAGCUGUGUGCCUUCUUUUGUGUGCCGAUGAACUGUAGAACUGGGCCAGUAAAGACGCUUACAGUACAACCUAUGUACAGUGGUACCUCGGGUUACAUACACUUCAGGUUACAGACUCCGCUAAGCCAGAAAUAGUGCUUCAGGUUAAGAACUUUGCUUCAGGAUGAGAACAGAAAUCGUGCUUCGGUGGCGCAGCAGCAGCAGGAGGCCCCAUUAGCUAAAGUGGUGCUUCAGGUUAAGAACAGUUUCAGGUUAAGAACGGACCUCCGGAACAAAUUAAGUACUUAACCCGAGGUACCACUGUACUUGUUUAGUAAUUUAGUUAGUGAAGUCCAAGCUUAUUGGUUAAGCAGAUCGUUGUACUGUUUGGCCGUAAAUAUACAAGACAAAGAGAACUCUUCCUAGAGAUAGGCCUUCCUUUCGAAGAAGGUAGGAACUUUCAAUUAAUUAUCUUAAUUUUCUUGAAAUUUUAUUAAAGCCAAAAGUCUGGACAGAACUGUUUGUAAAAGAAAUAUACUUCAAAUGAUUUUUUUUUAACAUAAAGUGUUUUCUUCUACUGUUUCACAGCUUGAGAUGGAAAACCAUUACCUCAAGGGUUAUAACCUGAAGCUGACUGAGCAGAUCAAAGUCCUUCAAGCAGCGCUGCAAGGUAAAUAUGUAAUUUUUAAAAUAAAUGUCUAGGAACCAGCAGGGAAAGUGAAAAGAAGAACCCUCAGAUCUCUGUGCAAGUUUCACUUUAGCCAUUUGUGGUUUCCUUCUAGUACACAGAGGCAGAAUGAGCAGAAUAUAAUAUUUCCAUUUUCCAUCAUAUAUAUAUCAGUUUUUUAAAAAAAAUAUAUACUUUGAGGCAGGCUGUCAGUGAGAUCUCUGUUUCUGUCUCCAUACUAAUGGCUGGGUCUAUUAAUUCAGCUGUAAAGGCUAUAACUAAUGUCAGUGGCAGAAAAUCCAUUACCUUUAGUGGGGCAACAUUAAGCUUUAGAUAUUAUCCUAGGGGUGAAGCUACUUUCUGAAAAUCAUAAGCAGAUUUUCUUUUUUCUUUUUUUACUACGCACUUGGUCAUUUCCUGACAUGUUUGGGUGCUCACAGGCAAAGUUCAUGGGUCCACCUAAAUGUGGAUUGUAGAUGUUCCAUGGAUGUUGCUUUGACACCGAUGUUGUUCUUGUACAUGCUAAGUACAAGAACUGCAAAAUCUCAUUAAGCUCUCCGUCCCAAGUUCGUUCUUGUACAACUAAGAAUAGCCCCACCCUUUAUGUGGCUUACGCAAUUUCCGAGGACCAACUAAUGUAUCUGUGCUACACCGUUAUUUCCUGCAGCUAGUAAAUAAAACCCAGGUGCGGAUCCUGUGGCAGCCCUCCAGUUGUUGUUAAACUCCAAACUCCCAUCAGCCUUAGCCAGCAAGGCCUAUGGUCGGGGAUUGUGGGAACUGUAGUCCAGCAAGAUCUGAUGGGCCACAGCUUCCCCAUCCCUAACCUAAAGUAUGGGUAAUAUUGUUGUGCCUUUUUAAACCUGUGACAUGUAUAAUAUGUCACCCAGCUCAAUCAUGCAUUACAUUUUCUAAGGGCCUGUUCACAUAGUGUACAAUUAUGAUGAAUAUUGGGCUCCCAUGCCUUUCUACUGCACAUAGAUACAUUGAAAGUUACUGGGGGAAGCCUAGUUUGCAUUUAUAGUGUUUGUUCACCCUCUGUGCAACUAAAUAUAUGGGUUCUUUGUACUGGGUCCUGAAAACUUCAUUCCUCACUACAAUAUAAUUAACAUUUCAAGUGAAAGAGAAUUGUCUUUUCCAAAUUGCUCUCACUGGCUCUCUAACAGCAAAUUAGGCAUAGCCAUGAUGUAUAGGCAAGCAACCUGGAGCACAGGAGAAUUGUAUGGAGGUGCAUGGAGGUGCCAAUCCUGUGCCAAUAUUACCUGACUGGCCUCAGUUCUCUCUGCAAGCACAAGCACCUUUCCAGUUGAAAGCUUUGCAAACAACUUCCCAUCCGUUUUGAUUGCUAGCGGAAUGAAAUGGUUGCUAUAAUAACCUGGUAUUAAGUGUUCCCAAAAUGCCACCAAUCAGACAGCUCUGAAUGAUACAUUGACUCCUGUACAUAAUUGUACUGUCUCAUUGUGUCUGAUUCAAUUCAGAUUCUCCAACAUAGGGGCUAAUUUGAACCAGGGUUUAAUCCCUUGUUUUCCAUGCUCAGCAUGGCAAUGUGACAAGUCAUAAUGCGUAAAACAUUGCCUUUGAACAUAUGCAGAGUGGAUUUUCUUCACUUUUAAAUAGCCACAGUCUCUCCACUCUGCACCCAAGUGUGUUUGGGAUUAACAGGCAGAACUUCCAAAGAAGAGGUCCAGCCUCAUGAGUCUCUCUAGCUCCUCUUUUUUUUAUUUUGUAAAUUUAACCACCUCUCUGGAAAUAAAAUCAAUCUCUUGCAGACAUCUCUACUGAUUAACAGAUUUAUCUACUGUUUUGUUUACCUGGAAAACUGCAGGUACAUUUACCAUGUUUAAUACAGAUCACUUUUGACAGCAUUAUACUGAUUAUUGAUUUUGGUGGUUACAAAGGAAUCUUUCUCCUUUAGUGUACAAAUGAAGAAUGCCAUUUCACUAGUUUGUUGCUCAGAAUAGACCUGUAAGAGCUAUUGGGGGUAGUUAUGAGGGGUGUUAUAAUCUGAACUGUAUUACCUGGCCAUAUUUGUCCUUUAAUUACAGAUCACCAGAACCAUCAGCAUGGAUGGGUUGGAGGGGUUUCAAAUGAUUUGGGCUUAAAGAUUAUAAAUUCCUGUUUUUAGAAGAGUGGUCUAAUGGAACGAGUUUUCUACAUAUGAUUAUAUAACGAUCUUGGCUACAAAGUGUAAUAAUAUAAUAUUAAUAAAAUUAUUUUUUUAAAAAGAGUUUACAGUAUUUUGAUUCAGUAUCCUGGGAGUAUUUAAUUAAUGAAACUAAACUCUUCAGCUGAAAUAGUGGCUUACAGAUCAAAUUUUGCAAAAGGGAGUCACUGCCCAGACUAGCAAUCUAAAAGACAUGACACCAAAGACCAAAGGGAUGGAGAUGGAGGAGGAAAAUAAACAAACCCUAAUUGUUUAGAUAUAUACAGGGCACAAUUAUUGCCAUGAUAAAAAAAUUGUACAAAGUUUAUUUAUUUAUAAAAAUACCUAUAUACCACUAUAUCACAAAAAAUAUCAAAGCAGUUUACAACAGUAAAAACAAAUCAAAACUAUACAAUAAAAACAUAAAAGUUAAAAACAGGUUACAGCACUUGGGUUUUUUUAGCUUGGAGAAAAGGCGGGUAAGGAGGACAUGGUAAGAGGUGCAUAAAGUUAUGAAGAAAGUGGAGAGGGAAAAGUUGUUUUCCUUAUGUCAUAAUGCUUGAACUUGGAGUCGUUGAAAGUUGAAUGUUGGAAGAUUCCAAGACGGACAAAAGAAAGUACUUCUUCACAUAGAACAUGAUUAAAGUACAACAUUUUCUCCCAGAAGAUGUAGUGACGGCCACUAUCUUGGCUGACUUUAAAAGAGAAUCAGCCAAAUGCAUAGAAGAUAAGGCAAUUCAUGGCUACUAGUUACAAUGGCUGUGUUCUACCUUGAGCAUCAGAGGCAGCAGGUCAAUGAAACAUCAGUUGUUGGGAAUCGCAAGUGGAGAGAGUGGUGUUGCACUCAGGUCCUGGUUGGUUGUGAGAACAGAAUGCUGGACUAGAUGGGCCUUCUUAUGUUCUGACGUCUUUUCCCAAUUGCAGAUUUGAUGACUGUGCCUUCUGAAGAAUCUGUUUCCAACUGCAACAUCCAGUUGUUUCGAGACCGAUUGUCCUGCCUCCUUGAGAACUCAGACCGGGAUUCCAGGAUUCUUGCAAUGGACAUCAAACAGGCAUAUCAGAGUGUAUCCAUGAAAGGGGUUCCUUAUAUAGCAAGUGUGGUAUUUAUGAACGAUGCCUGUGUAACGGGUGAGGUUAACAAAUCGGUGCCUUCCCGGAGCUCACUGAGGCUUAUCUCUGACUUCCCAGACUACCAGAACUCUUCGGUAAAUGACCUGGUCCCCAUGGCACACACCCAAAUCUGCCCAUCAUCAAACCACCAAGCUGAGACUGUGAAGUUUCAUGGAGCUUUAACUUUUCAGUCUCCCCUGGAGGAACUGCAGAACUCCAUUGGUGAUUCAGACAAGACAUUAUCUGACUUGUGCAAGCCAGCAGAUGGACUGAGUACUGACUUCAGAACUCAUAGGUUGCACUCAUCCUCAUCUGGGAAAGUGAAAAAUGUUCUUAACGGUUCUCUUUCAACGUUAACUCCAGCCCUGAAGUUGCCAAAAUCCAUUAUUUCAACAUCCCACAAUUUCCCAGGAAGGGAAGCUGGACUAGGUAACAGCAUGACCCUCCCCAAAGUUCGGACUCCUAGCAAUCCAAGGGACAGCAUCCUGCUCGCCAAGCGGCACUAUAGCCAACCACAGUCAGGAGCAGAUUCCUUCCAUCAUGUGGCGAACAAUGAUAUCGGCACUUUUAAGCCUAUAAGUGCUGUUUCAUAUUGCCGGGGACAAGUGGAAGAGACGGAUAUAGAUGAGGAAGUAGCUGAGAACAUGGAGAUGGAAGACUGUUUGGGGGAGGAGGCAGGGAUGGAUGAAGAGAUUGACCAGCAAUCUUGCUGUAAUAAGGAGACAUGGACUUCUGAAACCAGAGUGAUGGACCCAGGAGGCAAGCCACCCACUCCUCCGCUGCACAGAUUUCCAUCUUGGGUAAGAUAUUCAGAAUUCAAUACAUGCCCAAGACUUUAAUUCACUGCAUUUUUUAUAUAAAAAAACCCCACCAACAACAAAUCAUUGCAGCUUGGAAAUAACUGUGCAUAUUGCAAAGGUGUUGUUAUUUCAAUCUAAUGUUAUAUAUCCACAUGUUAUAUAUUAGGGACAAAUUAUAUUUGCCAUCGGAGGAACUGGAACAAAUAAUAAUAAGAUCUAAAAUAAAUAUACAAAAACUCCUAAACAAUACUCCAACCCAAGUUGUAGCAACAGGAAGCCGAGAUGCUUUUGUAAAUAUUUUUUUCCCAUAUCUCUGCAAGAAUUUUCAUCUCUGUUCCUCUUUCCUUUUUUUAAAGAUGUAUGUAGGUAUUGAGAAUGAACAUAUAGAGUGCUCGCUUUGGCAGCACAUAUACUAAAAUUGGAAUGAUACAGAGAAGAGAAUGAACAUAUAUAAUUUUGAUAUGAACUUAUUUUCUCCUUUCUGUUCUAAUUUCUUGUUUGUUUCACAGUUGCUUCAAGGUAUAUAUCAGAGAUUGAAAUUGCACAUUAUCAAGCUAAUACAACUAUGACUGCUGCUUCCCUCUUUCAAACAGAAUUGGAGGUGCAUUAUUUGUAGGGGAGAAGCAGCUGGUAAAAAGAAUGUUAUUAACACCUCCCUUUCUCUUGCAGCUCCUCUUCCCCCAUUCACCCCAUCCUCUUCCCUCCCAGUGUAUGUUUCCAAGAAGAGUCUAUUUACAAUUAAACCGUAGGUGGACCUUUUGUGUCUCCCUUUCUAUCCAAAAGACAGCUUACGCAUUUGUGCCACCUGAAAGAUAUGCUUGUAGUUCAGUUGCUAGUAACUCUCUCGUAAAGAUGACAGGACCCGAAGAAGGGACAAAGCAGCCCAAGUUGCCUUAAGUUCACCACAAGUUACAUUUUUGCUUUGUCUUUUCCCCUUGAUCUUUCCCCCUUGUUUUAGGAGAGUCGGAUCUAUGCAGUAGCCAAGUCUGGCAUGAGGCUUUCAGAAGUGGCUGUUGGGAGUGACUCUUCUAGCCGGAGUAAGUACUAGCCAAAAUUGUCCCAAAGACUCUAUACAUGACCAGAUACCACUAGUGUUAUCCAGUGGUAUAUUUUCAGAACAUUUGGUCAUGUAAACUCUUCUGUGGUAAAUGUACUACGGACUGAAUUUAUACCACAUUUGCUGGUAUACUGUAUGUUUGGUGAUAAAGGGCAUUUAGUCACAGACACAACAAGCAAAUUUAGUGCUCCACUAAAGGGCACCUCCAUCAAUUAUGCUUUCUUUGUGAUGGAGACAGCGGCGUAGCGUGGGUUGUCAGCACCCGGGGCAAGGCAAGUAAUUUGCGCCCCCUAACCCCUAACCUGCCGCCGCUGCCAGCUUCUUCUUGCUGCUGCCUGGUCUGGUCUGGUGUGGUUCUCUCCCACGCUCAGCGCUGCGCUGGGCGGCCGCUGCACUGUCCCUCCCCCAGAUAGUCCCUCGCUCUCUCUCCGCACCGCACGCCUGGCACCCUCCCCCUCCACUGUGGGCGGCGACCCAGCGGCUCGGAUCGGAUUCGCACAGCCAGCACUGCAGUGAGAGAGAGUGAGUGAGCCAGGUAGGGGCAGAGAGCUGCGAGUGCGAGCGCACCCCCCCAGAUGUUGCGGCCGGCCCCCCCUGCACCCCCCACGCUACGCCACUGGAUGGAGAUAUGGGAGAUGAAAGAUGGAUAGUCUUUACCAACACAUAGUCUUUCAGUGUGGUUUCAUAUAUAAUGGUCAUUUGUUAAUCUUGGUCAGAGCCCCUGUUACCACAUAAAUGUUGAUUAUCCACAUAGCCCCAUCUAGCUAAUUAAAACCCAUCCAUUUAAACAUGCUGUGGGGAUACUAACUGCAGCUUGUCAUUUUUCUUUCUUUCCUUUAUGUAUAAAUAUCUCAGCUUCAAAUUCUUCAAGCUAUUCACCUGCUGGAACAUUCACCUGCCUCAUUUACAGAAAUGUCACUGUGCCUGUGUACACCAUGCUAAAAGGGGUAAGAACGAUGACACUUUUGUCAGGACCAAUAUGGGAAGGUGGACAACUCUGAGGGAACAGAUGUGGAAAGCAAUAAAUUGGUAGGAGAGCUCAUAGCAGGGACGGAGGAGAAAUUUGUUCAGUCAACAUUUUAAAGAGAACUGAUCUAAUUCUCCAGUCCUGACCCAUAUGCAAAUCUGAAUGCAGGUAUCAACUGAAUUAUGCACUUCUCUGAGUUUUGUGAUGCAGUUUCAGUACAAAUAAAAUGGACACAGUAAGGUAUAUUUUAUAUUAAGCAUACAUAUAAGUGCAUAUUUUAUGGGGAAAUGCUUUGAAAAGCAUACAAAAUGUAUAUUUAGGGGAAAUAAUGUGUAGAAAAUGCAAAUAACAAGUAUACAAAAUGUGUGUUCCAGUGUUGUGUGAACAAUUUACACACAAUUUUGGUUUGUGUUUUUCUUAAACCUGCCAAGAAACUAGACAGAACAGAGCAUAUGCAAAGCAGACAUGUGAUGGAAAUAGGUCCUUGGAAAUCUAAUUUCUUAUUACUGGCAGAAAACCACAAGCAAAAGUAGUUUUGCUUAUUUGUAAUAAUGCUAUUCAGUUUACUGAGGGGGGGGGGAAUCAAGCGAACAUUCAAAUCAGGCAGAUGACCAUCAUACAUACAUACAUGCAUGUAAUCUAACCCCCAUGUAAACUUUGUGCAAGCAAAUCAGGAUGAAGGCUCAAUCAAUAGGUUGUCUGCAAGUUUAUCAUUCAGUCCAGGUCAGUCUCCUUGUAUGCAUGAAGAUGUCUCAUACUCAUAUGGCUACACCUUAAAUUGUCUAGAUAGCCGUUAAGUGAAUCUUGUCUGUGCUGUAUGUCUGCCCACACACCACACACACGCUGCCUGGUCUCAUCCUCUUCCCAGAAGUCAGAAAGACCUCAAGAUAGGCUCAUAUUUGCAUUUGAAAUUACAGGAAAUGACCACGUUAGACGCGUCCGAAUGAUGCACAACCCAGAAGUAGGCCCAAAAUAGCAUAAAGACGUCAUGGGAAAAGGCGGAGUGGGCUUACUUUUUUUCCCCAUGAGAUAACUUUUUCUGCCACAACCUGUUAAAUACUAACUAAAAUAAGAUUAUGUUGUUGCACGCCAACCUAAUCUCCAAGCGGUGUAGGAUUCCAGGGGUUCCAAGUGCUUACAGUUUCCUGAGAUUGAGGGACAGCAGAGACUGUAGUGUCUUAAAGAAACACGGUUUAUUUACACAUAUGUACAACCUGAGCCUACGAUGGAGGGGCUCCUGGCAUUAACACCACAAUAAGAUCUUCCUUCCCCCAUAGCCACAGCCUUGGAUUCAAGCAGAAAUCAAGUGUAUCUCUCCUUCCUAAGCUUCUGCCUUUUUUUCCUAACCCUAAUUGCCAUUGGUAGUGGUGAUGUGUUUCUCUAGGGCAGGCAUAGGCAAACUCGGCCCUCCAGAUGUUAUGGGACUACAACUCCCAUCAUCCCUAGCUAACAGGACCAGUGGUCAGGGAUGAUGGGAACUGUAGUCUCAAAACAUCUGGAGGGCCAAGUUUGCCUAUGCCUGCUCUAGGGCAUGGAGAAUGAAAUAAACAACUAUAGGGGCUUGCUUCUUUUGGUCUAGGGGCAGAGUGUAGAGACAGAACAACGUAACUGGUUUUCUUGUGCUAGCUCUUUUUUUCCCUUCUCGUAAAAUGUAUAUGCUGCUUGACUGUAAAAACAAAACAAAGAACCUCAAGGCAGUUUACGAAAGGUUCUUGUGAACUGUGAUGCCUACGUUCCCUUUCAUCCUGACUUUGGAGGUUUGUUUUCCAGAAAGCUACCCAAAUCAGCAACAUUCCUUUCUUAGACGAGUCCUCCGGCUCUGACGAUGACUGCAGUUCUCAUGUGAGCUUCAGAACCUCCAAUGCAGGAUCUGAAUGCAGAAAAGCAAGCAUACCAGGCAGUCCUCGUGCAGUGAAGCGAGGUAAGAGGAAGGAAGUACAGUAUUGCUUUCUGGAUUGCUGGGAGAAGGAGCUUUAAAAUGAUUUAAAAGCAUCUGCAGGCAGCAGACCAGAAUCAUCAGGGAAUUUGGGGCUUCAGCUGUAGUAGAACUAUCAGCACAAUUCUAGGCACUUCCACUUCAGUGGAGCUUACUGCCAAGUAAGUGUGUUUUUAAAAACCAGUCUAGAGAUUAUCUUUUAUCUGCUAUAAAUUAUAAGUCAGCUCCCAAGCAUCAAGCAUAUAGGGAAAAGUUCAUAAACUUUACUGCAAUCCUUCUGUUAGUCCAGCUGAAAUCUUGCUGCUUCAGCUCUAAAAAAAUGAACAUCUCAAAACAGGUCAUACACUAGGGAAAAGGUGUGUCAGUUUUGCCUUUGCAAUCAAGGCGUUUUGCUAGUAAUGUUAAUUUUGGGUUAUUAGAUGACUGGUAAAUAGGCUAUUUGGGACGCGGGGUGGCACUGUGGGUUAAACCACAGAGCCUAGGACUUCCCGAUCAGAAGGUCGGCGGUUCAAAUCCCCCGCAACGGGGUGAGCUCCCGUUGCUCAGUCCCUGCUCCUGCCAACCUAGCAGUUCGAAAGCACAUCAAAGUGCAAGUAGAUAAAUAGGUACCGCUCCGGCGGGAAGGUAAACGGCGUUUCCGUGUGCUGCUCUGGUUCACCAGAAGCGGCUUAGUCAUGCUGGUCACAUGACCCGGAAGCUGUACGCCGGCUCCCUCGGCCAAUAAAGCGAGAUGAGCGCCGCAACCCCAGAGUCGGCCACGACUGGACCUAAUGGUCAGGGGUCCCUUUAGCUAAUUAGGCUGUUAGAUGAUUGGUAGUUUUGUGAGCCUGUUUCAAUAGUUUUGGUUCUGCAUGCAAGCUUGGUCUUAUUGAACCAGGCAAGCAUGCAUGUUCUUGGGUUCUUUUUAUUUCUAGCAGGUGUCUCUAUGUCUUCACUAAGCUCGGAGAGUGACUACGCCAUCCCCCCUGAUGCCUACUCCGUUGAUGAAGAUUAUUCUGAACCAGAGCACAAGUUGCAGCGGACAUCAUCCUAUUCCACAGAUGGUGGAGUGUGCAGUGUAAGCUAUCCCUCCCAUCACCAACACCAUCUGCACUUUGGGCAGUCUUAACAUCAGGCUUUUCAAAUAGAACAAAUCCAGUGCCUCCCAGCUGGUGAGGGGUGUGGCCUAGGGAGAGGGAUGUGACUGGGGAGGGGUUCUGGGCUUGGAGGAAUCCCAAAGGAACCCAGCUAAAGAGGGCUGGAGGGUCUGAGGUUCCCCAGCCCUGGUUUGCACCUUGUCCAUUGCACAGGAAAAUAUAUCUGUUUUCUUUCAUCUAGGAGCCACUGGAGAAAUCUGGCUAUUUGCUGAAAAUGGGCAACCAAGUGAAGGCAUGGAAGAGGCGGUGGUUUGUGUUGAGAAACGGACAGAUCAUGUAUUAUAAGUCCCCGGUGAGUUAGUAGCAAAUCCUCAUAUUCAGUAAUUUUAAUAAACUACUCAUCCUUUGGCCAUCUUUGAUAUGUUUUUUUAUCCCCAAUAUCAGUAACAGAAUCGAGAUAUUAUUCCCUCCAAAGAACGCACACAAAAACCACCAUCACUCACAGUCCCACCUACUAAAACUGGGGCUGUUGAUUAAUUUAUUGAUCAAUGCAUGUUUUCAGCCCUAAUUUUUAAAAUAUUUAUUAGCAACAUUAUCAUGUCAUUGGUGCUUUCUCUGCUGUGAAUAUAGUAAACCAGCCACGUAUGCAGAAUGUUACCUGGAGGUUGUGCCUCACCUUUUCUCCAUCCCUUAUAUCGUAUUGUUCAUUGUCUUUUGCAUUUCCUUCCUCUCUCCAGAGUGAUGUCAUAUGCAAGCCCCAGGGGCAGGUGGAACUGAAUUCUUCUUGCCAGAUCGUACGGGGUGAAGGAUCUCAAACAUUCCAAGUGAGCAUUGCUUUUGACCUUUGUUUCUUAUUUCUGAAGUCUAAAGGGCACUAACAGAGAUUGGCAGGGAGAGAAAAUGUUUUAAUUGAGACAACUUUCCCUGUCAUGACAAACCUAAAUUGAAGUUCUUGGUUUUCAUAUGGUUUUGCCCUGCAGAAAAGAUCAGGCAGAUUAAGUUCAUAUACUAGAAGACCUGAAACCUAAUACUCAACGUAAACUUAACCUUUAAUGCUUGAAGAAAGCUGUAGAAAGGUUUUGACACAGCCCACUUUCCUGUAAAGUCUCCCAAGUAUUAUUGCACUUCUGUCAAUAAUGCAGAAACGUCUAAAUUACAGCACUUUGCUCUGUUCAGAUUCAUUACACAUACUUUUAAAAAAACAAUUGAAUGUCUUUUAUUCCAUCAUACAUAAAAUAUAAACACAAAUAAAAACAGAAGAUGCAAAAAUAUCAGAAAUGUCAACAGGGCCACAUAUCCAUUCUCUUAAUUUGUCAUCAAAAUCGGAAGAUGUGAGGAUACAGAUACAUUCUCACAUCACACUAAAUUUCGUAACUAUCAGCCAUAUUUGACAAAGGUUAAAUUCUGCUGACAUCACUUAUACUCAUGAUGGCUAUUUUCUACCUCCAGUGUCGAAGGCAGUAUGCCACUGAAUACUGGUUGUUGAUAAUCCCAAGUGGGGAGAGAGCACUGCUACACUUGGGUCCUUCCUAUGGGCUUCCUGUAGGCAUCUGGUCAGCCACUGUGAGAACAGGAUGUUAGACUUUGAGGGACCUUUGGCCUAAUCCAGCAGGGAUCUUGUUAUGUUAUUAUGUCCCCUUUAUACAAAACUUGCAAUAGUGCUCCUGCGAUGUUUGCAGAGCUGUGCUGCCGCUGGAAUUUCUUCUGCUGCCAGUUCUUCUCUGGAUAUCACCUAGCCCAUGAGUAGGCAAACUAAGGCCUGGGGGCCGGAUUCGGCCCAAUUGCCUUCUAAAUCCGGCCCGUGGACGGUCCAGGAAUCAGCGUGUUUUUACAUGAGUAGAAUGUGUCCUUUUAUUUAAAAUGCCUCUCUGGCUUAUUUGUGGGGCUGCCUGGUGUUUGUACAUGAGUAGAAUGUGUCCUUUUAUUUAAAAUGCAUUUCUGGGUUAUUUGUGGUACCUGCCUGGUGUUUUUAAAGGUAAAGGUAAAGGGACCCCUGACCAUUAGGUCCAGUCAUGGCUGACUGUGGGUUCCGGCGUUCAUCUCACUUUAUUGGCCGAGGGAGCCAGCGUACAGCUUCCGGGUCAUGUGGCCAGCAUGACAUAAGCCGCUUCUGGCGAACCAGAGCAGUGCACGGAAACGCCGUUUACCUUCCCUCCGGAGCAGUACCUAUUUAUCUACUUGCACUUUGACAUGCUUAUGAACUGCUAGGUUGGCAGGAGCAGGUACCAAGCAACGGGAGCUCACCCUGUCACGAGGAUUCGAACCACUGACCUUCUGAUGGUCAAGCCCUAGGCUCUGUGGUUUAACCCACAACACCACCCGUGUCCCGCCUGGUGUUUUUACACGAGUAGAAUGUGUCCUUUUAUUUAAAAUGCAUCUCUGGGUUAUUUGUGGGGCAUAGGAAUUCAUUCUUUUUUUCUUCUUCUUCUUCCAAAAUAUAGUCCAGCUCCCCACAAGGUCUGAGGGACAGUGGACUGGCCCCUUCCCUCCCCCCCCCCGCUGAAAAAGUUUGCUGACCCCUGACCUAGCCUGAUUUUUAUAUCCUCGAAUGGCAUUGAGGAGCAACUAAAUUUUGAGUUGUGUGUCAUAAUAAACAACACACUGGCAAUUCAUCUCACCGAGUGCAUCACAGUUCUGCGCUCCCCCCCCCCCUUUGGCAGCUCAUCAAUGCCAAUGAAAGAAAUAGCUGAACAGCUUCCUAGCUUUGUGUAUGUGUGUGUGCGUGGGUAACAAAAUAGAUGAAGAGUGACAGUGCCUCUAUUAUGUUUCUAAGGCACUUUUAUCUUGCCUUGAAAGGUUCUAGUGAAUGUGGCCAGAACAUUAGAAAGCAACUCAUUUACUGCAAUAACAACAUUAAUAUGGCAAAAGCCUUCAUUCUUGGUUGUAGCAACAUGUAACAUUUCCUUCACCUUUAGCUCAUCACUGAAAAACGAACCUAUUUCCUGUCAGCUGACUCUCCUAACAUUCUGGAAGAAUGGAUUUGUGUCCUUCAAAACAUCCUGAAGGUGCAGGCAACCAGUCCUACGGAAGUCCCUCUCAGUGAUGCCAAACCCACUGUGAAAGGCUGGCUCACCAAGGUACUGCAUAUCUGCACCAGAAACAGUGGCCUUUGCCAACCUGCUGCUCCUUAGGUGCUGUGGACUAUAAUUUCCAUUGAGCUAAUGGGAGUUGUAGCCCAGAAUACAUAGAGGGCACCAGGUUAGCAAAGGCUGAGAUGCAACACAACUAUGGGACAGCACAGGUAGAUUAAUAUCCACUACAAUAAAUACGCAAAAGAAUUAAACCCAGCAUUGAUAGACUGUAACAAACCUACUGUUGCAAUACUUAAUUGAUAGGUUGGUUCCCAUAGACUUUGAACUCGGAUUCACCAUCUCGUCUCUCAGGUGUGGGCUAAGCAGAAGAGCUUUGGCUGAAGCAGGGUCUGGCCAUUUCAAGAGCUACUUUUUCAUUGCUUUGCUGAGUAUACUGUAGCAGCCUGAAGGCAGCCAAAAUAAAAAGCUCCUCAGAGCAAGGUUCUACUGUCUUAAGCGGACCAGGGCUUCUCCAUGUAGCUGGUUGGGGACAUUUUGACAUGAUCCUCUUUCCUACAUGAUGGUUGGACAUCCCCCGACCCCCGGACAAGGUUUGAAGCAGUGUUUUAGUACAGCAGUUUCUACAGGUUGGAAUUUAAACCUAGACAGCCAAACCAAGUUGGUCUAAGUAGGAAUAUGAUCAAACUCAACAGUGUCUUAUACUAAACAAGAAUUUAAAUUUAAGAAUCUUUAAUAGGAAGCAGAAUAUCCUUUCCUUUGUAGAUCUUCAGAACUAUAUUUGAAAACACAAUCAUUAUGGUUUUUUUAUCAAAGAGGGAGAAAGAUAGAAAAGUGUGUGUGCGCAAUUCUAAGUUUUCCAGAAAAAUUAAUGAACUCAUGCAAACAAGUUGAAAGAAAAUCUUUUUAUUCCUGGGCUGUAUCUGCAGGUGAAACAUGGACACUCCAAGCUGGUUUGGUGUGCGCUGAUUGGAAAAACAUUUUACUAUUAUCGCAGUCAGGAAGACAAGGUAUUUUUAAUCCGCUUUUAUAUUCAGCGUUUUUCUCAUUGGUCCUAGCCAAUAGCUCCUUACACAGCCUAUAACCUCCUGUUUUUAUUACUAUUUAUUGAUUUAAUGCACACAUGCAUUUUCUACUGUGCAGCCUAACCUGUUUGGCCUUCUUUUCUCAGUGCCCCCUUGGCCAUUUGCACCUGCGGGAAUCAAAGGUGGAAGAAGUGGAUCGCUCCUGUGAUUCUGAUGAAGAUUAUGAGGCUAAUGGUGGGGGGCUACUUUCUUCCCAUUGCACCCUGGUUAUUCACCCUCCGGAGCAGAGUCCCACCUACCUACUCAUUCGUACCAAACAGGAGAAGGUAUUUAGGAAAAUAAUAAUUAACCGCAUUAUAGAAUAGAUGCAUUUUAAAUAAUAAAUUCUGUUAUUUAAAAUGUACCUAUUCUAUUACAUACUCAUGGGAGGGCUCCAGAUUAUCAGCAAUGGAACAUUAAGUAUGAUAUGCUUUGCUGGGAAAAUGUGACAGUCAUAUUUUUCCAGGUACAAAAUCUUUGCAGUUUUAGUGCUUGCAAAGCAUAACUUCCCUCCAGCUGUGAGGAAAGGAGUGCGUCCCUGCUAUAGACUAAGAAACAAGCUGCAUAUGCUGGAGACUGAAGAAAUUAGCCCUGUACGUCUAUCACUGGUGCCAGAUGAUACACCCAUAUGGUAUGCUAUAUGCUUAAAGUUCUUAGGUUGAUCCUAUGAGAUUUUCAGCUCAGUCUUCUUUGCCCUUUUAUUCCAAGGAUACCUGGUUGUACCAUCUGACAGUAGCAGCAGGAAGUAGCAGUGCAAAGGCAGGCACUGCGUAUGAGCAGCUGAUUGGGAAGCUACUAGAUGCAGAAGGAGACCCAAGUAAGUAGAAAGGAAAAUAUUUUUCCCAGAGAGCUUAUUGUGGUGUUGUCAUUUGUCAACAUGGUGGCUUCCCCUCCUCCUGAUCCAAGGUUGUAACAGACAGUUUCGAAGCACAGGAAUUGGAAAUGUUCUGGCAGAUAGAUACUUUCUUCCUCUUAUGACAUCUCCACAGUGGUGAGCAAGCACAAUGAAUGUGCAAAAUCCAACUAAGUAGACUGUAAAGACAGUUCUGCUCCCAUCCUUGCCCAUGCCAGACGUGGAGUAACAGAGCCUUAAUUCAGGCUUCCUCAACCUUGGACAACCUCCAGGUGUUUUUGGCCUACAACUCCCAUGAUCCCUAGCUAGCAGGACCAGUGGUCAGAGAUGCUGGGAAUUGUAGUCUCAAAACAUCUGGAGGGUCAAGGUUGAGGAAGCCUGCCUUAAUUAAACGCAGUAUAUUUGGACUAUAGAAGAUAAAAAGGCUAAAUGGUGCUCUCCUCACAACUGAAACAAGACCUUUCUAUAAGUGGCCUUUUUGCUGUUGUGGUGUUAAUCAGAAAAGUUAGGGCUUGCCGAUAUGAAGGUUGGCGGUUUGAAUCCCCGCGACAGGGUGAGCUCCCAUUGUUCAGUUCCAGCUCCUGCCCACCUAGCAGUUCAAAAGCACGUCAAAGUGCAAGUAGAUAAAUAGGUACCGCUCUGGCAGGAAGGUAAACGGCGUUUCUGUGCGGUGCUCUGGUUCACCAGGAGCAGCUUAGUCAUGCUGGCCACAUGACCCGGAAGCUGUCUGCGGACAAACGCUGACUCCCUCGGCCUAUAGAGCGAGAUGAGCGCGCAACACCAGAGUCAUCUGCGACUGGACCUAACGGUCAAGGGUACCUUUACCUUUACCUUUACAUGCUCAGGGCACAUUGCUUGAGAAUGCAGAUGAGUGCCUAAUAUUUAAAAGAUAUUCUGUAACAAAACUCCCUGCAUGUUGAAACCUAGCAAGUCUGGGAAAAGGAUUGUAGCCUGACCUUCUCCCCAAUGUCCUGCAUUUCCAUUAGUGCAGAGUUUUUAACAGGGCAGAAAAUUCAAGCACAUAGUUCCUCACCUGCAUUUUGAAAUGGGAUGGUCCCAGGUGGGCUGUGCUUUGUGCUAUUUUCUAACUGUGCUGAAUGGCUCUAAGUCCAAAGAUGCUGAUGAAGUUGCGUGGUGCUGUCAACUUCUGAUUCAUUCGCCAGAGUUUUAAUAUUCCUUUGCAAUAUCCCUUGCCCUGUGCAGCGUCUAACUAGCUUUGUCCCUCCCACUAAUUCAGAUUCUCCUUUGUGGAAACAUCCUAUGCUGUGUUACAGCAAAGAGGGGCUGCAGGCUUCCCUCACCACUCUGCCUUCAGAAGCACUGCAAACAGAGGCCCUCAAACUCUUCAAGGUAUUUACAGAGACGGCUCUCCAAAUAUACUAUUCAAGCAUUUUAUUUUAUUUUUGAAGAAAGAUGAAAGGGAGAGUCAAGUUUGCACAAGGCCCAAAAGCAACUUAAAAUUCUUUCCUUUCUCUCUUGCUGCCCCGUAAUCUUGGAACUGCCUUUUGGAACACCUACAAUGCCCAUUAUCUUGCUUAAUUCAAAUCCUUCAAUACCCUUUCAUGAAGCCUUUGACACAGUCCCCUAGUUCCUACAUCCUACAAUAACGCAGACUGUAACUUAGCAUGUGCAACUGAAACAACCACAUGUUGCUUCCCUGUUAAGCCCCUGCCUCUGCUUCACUUCCUGUGCCAUAUACUGAAUUGUAAGUUGCUUGGGGCAGGGACAUGUCAUUUUGUAAUCUCUUCUGUAAAACGCAGUGCAUGCUGAUGGCCCUAUCUAAAUACAGUCAAACCUUGGUUUUUGAAUGUCUCUGCUGCCAAACAUUUCGGAAGCCAAACACCAAAAACCCGGAAGUGAACGCUUAACUGGAAGUUAAACGUCUUCCAAGGUGCGUUUUUCAUUUUUUCCCAUUGACUUUGCAACCAGCCCUUUGAUCCUUGGUUUUCAAAUGUUUCGGAAGUCGAACGGACUUCCAGGACGGAUUACGUUCAGAAACCAAGGUUCCACUGCAGUCAUCGUCAUCGUUGUCGUAGAUGAUAAACUUGUUAAUGGUUGUGAGGAAAAUUUAAUGAUACUAUCGCUUCCAUCUCAGUUAAUGUACUUCUGUUCUCCACCCGCCUUUAUCAGUCUUGCCAGCUGUUUAUCAACAUUCCUGUGGAAGCUCCAUCUAUUGAUUAUCAUGUGACCCUGGCUCAGACAGCACUCCAGGUCUGCCUGACUCACAGUGAGCUACAGAAUGAAAUCUAUUGUCAGUUAGUCAAACAGACCAGCAGGGAAGCUCAGAAUCACUCCGUCAUCCAGGUGAAUGUUCUGCUGUUCAAGGUGCCGAUUGCCACGUCUGAAUUUAAAUGACUUAUUAACAGAGAACUUCUUGACAUGUUUGCAUUUGCACUGGAGACAAUUGUAUUUAUUUCCACAGAAACUUUUUUUCUUUUUUACUUUUUUGGUCAUGUGUGAUAAGUAGUUUGAUUCCCUGCAGAAGGGUAACAUGUAGACAAAGCCUCAGAAAUGAUAACUGAAAAGGUAAAGUCAGAACAUACUCAUUCAGCUGCACUGGAUAUAAAAUGGAAGACUUCACAGUGACACUGAAAAGUGGUUGAUCACUGCCUCAGAAAACCUGACUACGGAUCUACUCACCUAAUGCCUAGCUUAGACCUUAUACUGGUCUGAUAGUGAUGGAAUGAAGCCUUGUAGUAAGGCUUAUUCAUGUUUGAUGGGAGCUGAAGCAUAUUUUUAAAGAUAACGGCACCCAGGCAAGCAACCUCAGUAAAUUGCUGCUCCCCUCGUAGAGUUGUAUCUAUUUACACUAGGUAAAUAUCCUUUGCAAAACUGGCUCCCUCCCUCAAAACUAUUGCUUCGGUAGCAUUUGUGAUGUGUGAAUCAACCAUCCAUGAGAAUUGGGUAGAUGAUAUUUUUGUCUUGAGAAUAAAUGGCAGGGACAACAGAAAUGGUGGCUUUAUUCACUGUAACCCUGUUUUUCUUCACAGUGCUGGCAAUUACUUGCUCUUUGCGCUCCUCUCUUCCUGCCUCAGCAACAUUUCCUUUGGUAUCUCAAGCAUCACCUACAGCAGCAUGCAGAUCCCAGGUAAAGAGCUUUGUCUUGUCUGGGUUAAACUGGAGUCAAUUUCUAUGAAUGGCUGUAAUAGGACAGGAUUCAAUUUAUUCUCACUAGCAGAAGAAAUGUUUAAUUUUGAAUCCAUGGCUGCAGCUAUGGGAGAAACAAUACCAUUUGGGGGUGUUAAUGCUGUGAAGCCCUCCAUUGCAGGCUCAGGUUGCAUGUAUGUGUAAAUAAACCAUAUAUCAUAAAGACACCACAGUCUCCACUGUGUCUCAUUUCCAAAAGGAAGCACUGACCCUGGGUGAGCGCCUGGAACCCCUGGUGACGUGCAACAGCAUGAUAGUUAUUGAAAAAGCAAUAAUUGCAAUAGUGCAAUGGGUGUUUCUGAAACAUAUUUUACUCCCCCCCCCCCCGCUUCUUUGAUUUAGAACUGAAAUAGGCAAGUAUGCCAUCUACUGUCGAAGAUCAAUGGAGCGCACUUUGAAAGCUAGAGAGCGAGAAGCUAGACCUUCCCGAAUGGAGGUCGUGUCCAUUUUGCUGAGGAAUCCCUACCACCACUCACUCCCCUUCAGCAUCCCAGUACACUUCAUGAAUGGGACCUACCAGGUGAGACACGAGGGCUGGGUGACUUUACACUGAGAAGAUUUCAAGGCUGGGUAAAAUGACCCAUUAUGUCCUCUUCUGCCUCAGUACAGAAUUUGCCAUGGGUUAUACUUGCCGAUGGAUCUGUACAGCUAAACUGUGUCCAUGUGCUCACCCAUCAGCAAUGAUUUUGUCUUCAUGAUUGCUUCUCAACUGUUUCAUUUCAGGUGGUCGGUUUUGAUGGCUCCUCAACCGUGGAUGAAUUCUUGCAGCGGCUGAACCAGGAGACAGGAAUGAGGCUGUCGUCGAACUCAGGGUUUUAUCUAUUUACAGACGAUCCUUCUGGUAGGGAUCUAGAACACUGCCUACAAGGCCCUAUGAAGGUGAUUAUGCAUGAUUACUCAUUAUUAUUAUUAAUUAAAUUUCGAUACCGCCCUUCAUCUGAGGAUCGCAGGGUGGUUUACAAUAUAAAAACACAGAAACAUAUAGUACAGUAACAAACAAAAGUGAUAACCCUGCCACACACAGUUUAAAAGUCAAUAGAUUGUUUAAUUAGCCAGAGGCGUGGGAGAAGAUGAACGUUUUUGCCUGGCACACUGGGUGAGCCUCCCUGGGGUGAGCAUUCCACAAGUGGGAAGCCACUGCAGAAAAGGCCUGUUCUUGUCUUGCCACCCUCUGGACAUCUUGUGGAGGAGGCACAUGAACAAGGGCCUCAGAUGACGAGAACACAAAAUACAUAACCCCCAAAAAACCAAUAUAAUCCAAUAACCGCCCCUCCCACAAACACAUUAACUGAGUAAAUACAUUAUCAUGUAUUUAGUUUAGUAUUGAGUAAGGAUUAUUAUUUAACUAGACUAAUGAUACGGAAUUAUUUUUGAUGAAAAGAAAGGUGAAUAUUUUGUUUUAUAUAUACAGCAUACACAUCUGUAAAUAUUUAAUUGAAAAUAUGUUGGCACUGACUCUCUUGUUUAUUUAUUUAUUUGUUUUGUUGUCCAAAGAAAUAGUUAAAAGUUUUUCAUGGCUUCUAAAUAGUCCCUGUUCAAAUAUUAUCACAGUGGGUAUUCAAUAUUUUACAAGGAUUCAUGUCUCACUGAAAUGACUAGCGUGAAGUUUCUGUCUUCAGCCUCAUUCAGUCUCCUUUAUUGUUAUCUUUUAAAGAUCUGUGAUGUCAUUUCAAAGUGGGAGCAAGCUCUGAAAGAGUUGAAUCCUGGAAAAUAUGAAGGUGGCACGAGAAUCGUGAAACUAACGUAUAAAAACAGGUACUGCCCACUGCUAGCUUGGAUUGGUAUUGCAUCCCUAUGUCUUGUGGAGCUUAAGGUUUGAUCCAGCUUUAUACAGUGGUACCUCUGGUUACAUACGCUUCAGGUUACAUAUGCUUCAGGUAACAGACUCGACUAACCCAGAAAUAGUACCUUGGGUUAAGAACUUUGCUUCAGGAUGAGAACAGAAAUCGCGCGGUGGCGGCACGGCAGCGGCGGGAGGCCCCUUUAGCUAAAGUGGUCUUCAGGUUAAGAACAGUUUCAGGUUAAGAACGGACCUCCGGAACGAAUUAAGUACGUAACCAGAGGUACCACUGUACUGUAUCCCUAUUUAAAAUAACUUCUGUUAUUUAACUAGAACUGAAAUUAAUUGGGGGGGGGGGAAUUAAUUGGGGUGGAAUUAUUGAGGAAAUUCUCCUAACUGAAAUUUGGAUGCAGAAGUUCUAAUUCAGGCUGCUUAACUGGGACUUAUCAACAUGUCCUAUUAGAAAUGAUUUUGGAUGUGGUAUAUUGGGGUGGAGAAACAGAUGUUUUUAUUCAACUGCCAAGUACCAGAUGUGGCUUACUGGGUGGGGUGGAGCUGCCAUUGCUUACUAGGAGGGAGCUGGUGAGGCAGCUGGGAGGUUGGUGUGGUGCAAAAGCACUGACAUUGGCUGGAUUGGCUCUGCUGGUGCAUUUGCACCACCCUUCCCCUUCCCCUUCUCCUUUCUGGUAAGCAACAGUGACCCAUCGCUUCUGUUAAGUGUGCUUCCUUAUAGCAAUAAAACAGAGAAGUCCCUGCCAAAAAAAUUCCCCUUCACAUAUUCCCUUGAAAUUAACUGGAGAUGUGCAAGUCUGUGCAGGAAAACUUCCCUGGGGAUUGCGCCCUGAGUAAUCUCCCUGAUGUGACAUUAGCUUUAAAACUGUAAGACUCAUUGUACUUAGACUGAGCAAGGUCUAGAUGCUGUGCUAAGGUGUGGCUGGUGUGUUUCUUUUUCCUCUUUGGCAUUUUUCACCCGUUUAGGUUGUAUUUCCGAAGCCAAGCAAAAGGUGAGACGGACCGAGAACGAUUGCUGCUGGCUUUCCAGAUUAGUGGGGAAAUAGCCAGUGGGAGAUUCCCUGUCAAUAAGGAGCUGGCUCUGGAAAUGGCAGCUUUGAUGGCUCAGGUGAGUGGCCAAACCCUCAUGCUUGGGGGUGUCAAGGAGCAAUAAGGUCACUGGUGGUUCCAAGGCAGGAAAACCACAUGCCCUCCCUCAAGCUAUAAGGAGAACCACAGAUAGAGCUUGAAUAUUUUUAUGUGACCACUAUAAAGUUCUCUAUCUCUGCAUAGCAUGUUGGAGUAGGUAGUGGUUCUAAGGCUACGGUUUGGUUCAAAUGCACAUGAAGACACUGUCGUGCUGAAGCUAAGCAGGUCUGGAUCUGGUCAGUGUCCUGGCUCUCCUAUUUAGACUUGGAACUCAUAAAUGUUCACAACUGAAGGUUUAAAAGUUGUUGUUUCCAUCAGCAUAAGGAAGAUUUAUUCAUAGGCAUCACAACCAAAUCCUAUAGUGGGUUUCACUGUGGAGGUAGUGGUUGCUUUAUUAUUAUUAUUAUUAUUAUUAUUAUUAUUUAUUUUAAAUUUCAAGUAGCAAAAAAAAUACCCAUACAAAGAAAACAGGACUUAGCAGUUGUACAGAAAAGAAAGAAAAAUAGCCAUCAAAUGAAAGUGUCUCUCCAUAAAGCUCCAUGAGUUGAUGGAGGGUGUAAACCAUGUUCGAUUCUCUUAACAAAGUCAAUAAAAGGCUACCCUGUCAUACAGAAAGUGUGAGUCUUCCCCCACAACGCUGAUCAAUAUUCUUACUGUGAAAAUGGAGUUUGUCCUUAUGCACAGUGUCCCAUACUUGCAAAAUCCAGGCUUCAAAAAAGAUUUGCAUUUAGAGCUUUCUGAUUUUUGACAAUCACUUAUCUAGCUGCAGUUGAUAAAUGGAGGAUAAGGUCUUUAUUGGUUAUGUUCUUAAUCUGAGGAGUAAAGAUAGUAGGGCUAAUUUUGGGUGUAGCGAUUGUCCCAUCAUUUGAUUAUUUGAAAAACAAUUGUGGAAACAUCUGAGAUUGGGUGCGUUUUAAAAUCUCUCCUCUCAGCAGCGUCAGUGCUUUACCCCAGUCCUCGGGCAGUUCUUUUAUAUAGGGCAGCUAAAGCUGCCAUGUCAAAUGGAGCUUCUGGUCUCUCUGGGUUGUUGUUAUUUUCACUGCAUUGAGCGCUGGUAGCCACAUUGGAAUCGGCUGUUGCUUGGGCUUGUGAUUCUCUGAUGAUCUGAGACGACGGUGAAAACCAGUUGUCCAGAGUGCUGCUUUGUGAUUCCCCAAUUCUGCAGCUCAUAGCCUGCUUGGGGGUGUUAAAAAUUUGAGCAAGACUUCAUUUUGGAUCAAAACGCCAUCUUGCCUCGGUGAUGCCACCACUCCUCCAAGGUUUAAAAGUUUUCUUGAUGAUGUCAGUACAGCGUAGGUUACAAGCUGGUAAAGCACAGCAGGGUACAAUACAGGCACCGACAAACAGCACACAUGAGACCACUGACACGUGCGCCAUUUUCAGCGUUGCAAGGAGGCAGGAGUGAAAUGGGGUGGGGCAGACUUCCGUGCAUCCCGUUGACGCAUGUUGCAGCCAGGAAAACAAUCCCCACACAAGUGGGGAGUUGCCUCUAGUACAAUACAUGACUAGGCUUAGCUAAGAUGUUGAUCCAACACUUGUCACAAACUGAGUUUUUGAGGGAGUAGGAACAGAAAACCAGGGAGGGAGAAUGGAAUGAAUUUUCCCAGAAGAAAGCAUGACAGGGCAAUGGAAUCCUGAAAAGGAGCAGAUCCCAGUUGUUGGUCUGAAUUCUAGUCUGCUGUUUAGAACUUCUACAUUACCUUCUUUAUCUGUUAUGCCUCUGAUAGUUGCUUGCCUUCCACAUUCACACAAACACACACACACACACACACACACAGAGAGAGAGAGAGAGAGAGAGAGAGAGAGAGAAGCACUCACACACUAAUCGCUUGCACAAAACAAUUGUUUGUUUUGAUGUAUUUCCCCCCCCUUAGGUGGAAUAUGGAGACUUAGAUCGGCCAGUACCAUCAAGUCCUGGAAGGUCAUCCCACUCCAAAAUGCAACAUCUUCUCCAGCAGGUCCUGGACAAAUUCUAUCCCAAGCGCUACAAGCAAAGCAUUACUGCAGAGCAGCUAAGGUAAAAAGAGUAAGCAUGCCUGCCUGCUUUUUGCCAUAUGGAGUUUUGAGCUAAAAAUAAAAUAUUAUCUAAUGCUCAUUUUGCAUUGUUAUAUGCUGUUUUUCUUUUUAGUCUUUUAUUUUGAACUUUAUUUUAAAAAUAAAAUUCUGUAUUUAAAAACAAGACGCAAAUACAAGGGUUGAGUUUAGCUAAUUGUCAUUGAUCUGGAACGCGAGUGGCGCUGUGGUCUAAACCACAGAGCCUAGGGCUUGCUGAUCAGAAGGUCGGCGGUUCGAAUACCCGCAGUUCGAAAGCACAUCAAAGUGCAAGUAGAUACCUUCCAGCAGGAAGGUAAACGGCGUUUCCGUACGCUGCUCUGGUUCGCCAGAAGCGGCUCAGUCAUGCUGGCCACAUGACCCAGAAGCUGUCUGCGGACAAGCGCCAGCUCCCUCGGUUAGUAAAGCGAGAUGAACGCCACAACCCCAGAGUCGUCUGCGACUGGACUUAACUGUCAGGGGUCCUUUACCUUUAAUUGUCAUUGAAUGCACACACACCUAUCACUAAGAAAUUCUGAUUAGUAAGACAAAGCACACACUUGCAUCCUAUAAAGGAAGAAAGACUCACAGCUUCAAAUAAUACCAACUUGACUCUCUCAAACUGAGGGUGAGGAUUUUUUUAAUAUCCCGCCAAUCUGGCUGAGUUUCCGCAGCCACUCUGGGCAGCUUCCAGUACAUAUAAAAACAUAAUAAAACAUCAAACUUUAAAAACUUUUUGAUACAGGGCUGCCUUCAGAUGUCUUCUAAAAGUUGUGUAGUUCUUUAUCUCCUUGACACCUGAUGGGAGGGCAUUCCACAGGGAGGAUGCCACUGCUGAGAAGGCCCUCUGUCUGGUUCCCUGUAGCUUCACUUCUCUCAGUGAGGGAACUGCUAGAAGGCCCUCGGAGCUGGACCUCAGUGUCUGGGCUGAAUGAUGGGGUGGAGGCGCUCCUUCAGGUAUACAGGGCCGAGGCCAUUUAGGGCUUUAAAGGUCAGCACCAACACUUUGAAUUGUGCUCAGAAACCUACUGGGAGCCAGUGACGAUCCUUUAGGACCGGUGUUCUAUAGUCCUGGCAGCCACUCCCAGUCACCAGUCUAGCUGCCUCAUUGUGUAUUAGUUGUAGUUUCCAUGUCACCUUCAAAGGUAGCUCCACAUAGAGAGCAUUGCAUUAGUCCAAGCGGAAAAUAACCAGGGCAUGCACCACUCUGGCGAGACACUCUGCAGGCAGGUAGGGUCUCAGCCUGUGUACCAGAUGGAGCUAGUAGACAGCUGCUCUGGACACAGAAUUGACCUCCAUGGACUGCUGUGAGUCCAAAAUGACUCCCACCUUCAGGGGCACACUUUCCCCAUUCAAGACCAGGUAGUCUCCCACCCCCACCCCUCCCCCUGCGGCAAUACUUCUUUCUUGUCAGGAUUCAACCUCAAUCUGUUAGCCGCCAUCCAUCCUCCAAUGCGUCCAGACACUCACACAGGACAUUCACAGCCUUCACUGGUUCUGAUUUAAACGAAAGGUAGAUUCAAGGUUAUGUUCCUUUUGUUAAACCUCUUAUAAACAGUGUUUUCUUUUCUGGGGAUACUCAAGGGUACGCAAUACCGGCACCUUUUUUUUCCCUAGAAGAAAAGCACUGCUUUUAAAAUUUGACACCUCUUUCUGGGUAGAAAAAAGCAGGCUCUUCGUUAGAGUCUGCCCUUUGUUAAGGGUGCUUCCAGAUGAUCUGUUCAGUGAUCAUUCAUCUGAUUAGUUUGCUGAGAGAUUGGAUAACCUUGGCUAUUUGAUGGGCGUUUACUCUGAAUUGUUUGCAGGGAAGGGUGGCUAGGCAAUGUUGCAUCAAAGCAAGUCUCUCCCACACUUCCUAGUGCAUCUCCCCCUCACUUUUCCUACCUCAAAAAAAAAAAUUAAAAAUCCGAUCUUUCUGGGAAGUGAGUUUGUUGUGCAAGAGCUCCAAAUCAGCUUUCAUUGUAUUUACUGCUAUGUGACUGAAUCCCACCUGCAAACAGUGACUGUGUGGAAGUGCCCCUGGUCAGCAGCACAGCAUUCUGAAGUGGGAACAGCUGCUGUCUGCAGAAGCAGAUUAAGUGGAGCCUUGGGGCUCCUACACCCUUGUUGAUUUGCAAACUUUGCAUCCAAGCAUAAUGUCAGACUCAUUUUGCAAACUUCCAGAAUCAGGUGUCAACUUGUGAAAUCUUGCAAUGGCUGAAAUGUAAACAAAAGUCUGGUGGCUUGCGCGUGAAAAGUGCCAUGUUCUGCACUCUUUUGCUAUACUGUAGUGACUCCACCAUCUAAUGUUUUGAAAAGCAUUACGGUACUUUGAGGCCUUUAGGUGACAGAUACUAUAUUAAUGUAUCUAUUUUUAUAAGCCCGUCGCUGAAAAAGAUGACAGAUUGAUCUUAUUUCUAUAGGCGGCUGGCUGACCGACUGGCUACAAAGUGGAUGGCGCUGCAGGGAUGCUCCCCGCAAGAAUGCAUUCGGAUCCAUUUGACUGUGGCUCGGAAAUGGCCUCUUUUUGGAGCCAAACUGUUUCCUGCUAAGGUAAUGCUGUGUUUCUAUGGACAAACACAUUUUAUCAAACUAUAUUCCACAGAAUAUAAUUUUGGGAUAACAUACUGGAUUUUGUUUCAUAGCUGGAGAAGACACUGGGUUUAUUUAUUUAUUUUAAAUAGGGAUACGGUAUAGAUAAGGGACAUUGUUUUCAAGCUGUUAGUCUUCCUACCACUAAGGGUCGCUAGCCAUCAUCACAUAGCCUUUGGAAAUUGCAAUGAAAACUAGCUUUAGCAGACAAACGGGAUAAAUGAUCCAAAUCUUACUUGUCAAGAGUUUUACCUCUCUGAAACUUUCACACUUACAUAAUAAAUGCAGUAAGAUUUACUACCACUGACCUUUGCCUUAUUAAUAACAACUUAAGCAAAUGGAGGGUGUCAUUAAUCAUUCUGUCAGCACAAACAUUUCUGCUUCCUGAUCUCCCCUCUCCUCCCCACGCCCUCUGUUCUGGGGGUUCUCAUGACCCUCCAGAGUAGAUCUGGUGGACACAGAGGGCAAGGAAGCUUCACUGUGCUAGCAGGAGUCCUUCUGCUCACUUCCGCUAGCUCAUGGGGUUACUUCCAUGUACUGUAUCUAAGGCAAGCUUGUGAAAAUCCUUAUUGAGCUAAAAUGGAAACUUAAGAAGUUUUCCAGACAAUAUGACAGACCAUUUUCUUCUCGCCUUGGUCUGAAAUUCUGGAGAGCUGCUGCCUUUCAGUGUACAAAAUACUGAUAGACCAGUGGUCUGUCCUGAUAUAAGACUCCUGUUUUUCCCUCAUAAUAUUCCUGCAGCAGCUUGAAAUUAUUACAACACUACUGUAUUUCAUUACCAUUCAGGGAUGGACCAGGAGAUUUAUUUGUAUGGAGAUACUGAAAAAAAACCCAAAUCAGGGCAACAACAUGCAUUCCAUUCACUUUCCGCAGUCAAUGUAACUUCCCUUGAAUUAGCAAAACGCUAGUUUACCAUCAGUAAUAAAUCUAAGCCUCUCUUGUCCUAAUGAUUCUUAAAAUACUGAAACCAGCAUGCAUCUUCUUAAAAACAGUAAUGCACACUGUGAUACAGGCUUUCAACAGAUAUGAUAUAGUUAAUAAUGUGCACAAGAUAAUAUGAACCCACAGACUUAUCAGUUGUUAUUAUCCCUCCAUGGUAGCAUGACAUUAUAACAGUAUUACUGUGUCUUAUUAUUUCCCCAGCCUGUCCUACCUUCUCCCUUGGAAGACUCUCCACUUUGGAUAGCUGUGAAUGAAGAUGGAAUCAGUAUACUGGAAUAUAAUACUUUGGUAUGUUGAGAAACAGCGGCAGAGGAAUUUCAGCUCUUUUCUCCAGAACCACAUUUCAAUAAUUAUGCAGGACAGAAACUGGGCGUACAUUCUGUCAUUGACUCUGAUUACAGAAUAGGACAAAACAAUUUAUUUGGCUGAAUCAGGUGUAUUUAUUAAAUCAGGGAAAAUAAACUGUUUCUUUAGGAAAGAUAGUGGCAAAUAAAACCAGAGGCAAUAAGAGAGAAAUCAGAUGAUUUCAAGAAAAAGCCGCUUUCAAUUUAUGGACUUCCAGUUCAUUAAAGUCACACUACUAACUGCUGCUUCAACGUGGCAUGCACUUAAAAAAACCAAAACUGGAUUAUAUACAUUUUAUGAUUUAACCAUUCGUGUGGCAUUCUGUUAUGCUUUACUGUCAUUAUUAUUUCAUUUUAGAAAUUCAGACUGAGAGACUUGUUCAAACCUAUUCAUGAACGAGGCUUAGACAAUUCCUAAAACCGUUUAGAGGAGGGUGUAGAAGACCAAUGCUCUUAUGUAGCAGUUUAUUGUCCCUAAUCAUCUUAUCCUCUGCUUACAUGAAGCACUUAAAGCUGGCUUACUCGUACUCUUCUGUACUGACCUUUGGAGGCUGUCAUGAUGACUUUAUGGUUGUGGUCAGUCAAGUGAAGGACAGGUGCUCUGGCAAAACCACUCCUGAAAAACUACUUUUUACAAUGGCAGCUGUAAAGGUGAGUACAAAGCGAAGUGUGGGGAAUUUCUUUUUUUUUAUUGAACAUACAUUGAAUAUAAACCCCCAGAAGGCAGCUGAUGUUCCUUUCUCUGGAUAGGGCCAGAAGAAAAAGGCAUAUAUGUGUGUGUGCUUGGUGCAUCAAGCACGCAGGGGUAGCUCUGAAGUGUUGGUCCUUCCAAGUUUCUUCCAAGCCUGAACAAGUUCCAUGUGGUGAAGAAAGACCUUUUUAAUUUGGAAAUGUAUAUUUAGGAAGUUACUUAUUUAUAUAUUAUAUUACUAUUAUUUUCUUCCUAGUGCAUAAAUUGCUUUCCCUGAGCUCUUGUGUGCAGUUUGACAUCUAAAUUACAUUAUUAAAUGCAUAAUUAACACUGCAGUACCUUUAUCCUGGGUUUUAAGCCCUGUAAAAUCUCAGAAGUGUGGCCUGAGACUAGGCUACUCAGUCUGGGCAUUAAGUCAGAAACCUGAUAUUUGCUUUUUUGCGUUUUCUUCUACAUAAAGGUGUGACUCACCAAAGCAUACAUCCUUUCUAACCAGCCUACAGUUAUAAUAAGCACCUAUUCUCUGUGGGAAAUAAAAUUUCUCUCAUAAUGUUUACAUUUUAGAUCAUACAUGCAUCAUGUAUGCACAGUGAGUUGAACAAAGAACACUGGCCAAUGCAUGACAUCUCUGGUUAAAGGAUUUUAGGUAGCUGAGUUUGAAAAGAUCUUUGCCCAAGGCUGUGAAGUGCAGCUGCCAAUCACAUGACAAAACUGAGCUUGAUGGACCUGUUUAUAUAAUAGCUCUAUGUCCCAUUUUAUAGCAUGGGGUGAUUGUAUCGAAAGGUCAGCUUACUAGUUGGUCCAAGAAAAUCAAUUUUAUUGGAAUACUUUUUUUUUUCCUUUCACCUUCCCAACAGAUUGCUGAAGUGACUCUCCUUAUGGCCAGCUAUAUUAACUACAGUUCAUCGACGCCACACCUGUCUCCUACGCCUCCUCCUCAGAGUGUCAGCUCACCAUGGAGAACGUCAUCUACUAAGAAGCUCAUGGAACUUGAAAGCAGGUCUUUCUUUCCUUCUCUGCCCCGGACCACUAAGGGGCCUACACUGCUGUAA